AUGCGGUCGCCUUUCUACGGCUGCCACAACGCUACCUCAGUGGAGAAGGGCAACUCGGCGACAAUGGGCUGGUUGCUCUUCAGCGCGGGCCUCCUGGGCAACCUCCUGGCCCUAGGGCUGCUGGCGCGCUCGGGGCUGGGAUGGUGCCCUCCUCGCCCGCCGCGCCCGCCGCGCCCGCAGCCGUCGGUCUUCUACGUGCUGGUGUGCGGCCUGACGGUCACAGACUUGCUGGGCAAGUGCCUCGUGAGCCCCGUCGUGCUGGCUGCCUACGCGCAGAACCGGAGUCUGUGGGUGCUCGUGCCCGCAUGGGGCAACUCGCUGUGCCAAGUCUUCGCCUUCUUCAUGUCCUUCUUCGGGCUCGCCUCGACGCUGCAGCUCCUUGCCAUGGCGCUGGAGUGUUGGCUCUCCCUGGGGCACCCCUUCUUCUACCGACGGCACAUCACCCCGCGCCGGGGCGCGCUGGUGGCGCCGGUCGUGAGCGCCUUCUGCCUGGCUUUCUGUUCACUGCCUUUCGCGGGCUUCGGGAAGUUUGUGCAGUACUGCCCCGGCACCUGGUGCUUCAUCCAGAUGGUCCACGAGGAGGGCUCGUUGUCGGUGCUGGGCUACUCUGUGCUCUACUCCAGCCUCAUGGCGUUGCUGGUCCUCGCCACCGUGCUGUGCAACCUGGGCGCCAUGCGCAACCUCUACGCGAUGCACCGGCGCCUGCGGCGCCUCGCGCCCUCCAGCACCAGAGAGCUGCGCGCGGGCGAGAGGGAGGCGUCCCCACAGCCCCUGGAGGAGCUGGAUCACCUCCUGCUGCUGGCCCUCAUGACCGUGCUGUUCACUAUGUGUUCCCUGCCCGUAAUCUAUCGUGCUUACUAUGGAGCAUUUAAAGAAGUCAAGGAGAAAAAUGGAACCUCUGAAGAAAAGGAAGACCUCCGAGCCUUGCGUUUUCUAUCUGUGAUUUCAAUCGUGGACCCUUGGAUUUUCAUCAUUUUUAGAACUUCACUAUUUCGGAUGUUUUUUCAUAGGAUUUGCAUAAGACCUAUUAUGUAUAAGAAUUGGCACAGCAAUUCCUGCCAAACUAACAUGGAAUCCAGUCUGUGA